UUCAUUUCAAGAUACGUUGCCGCGCCUACUCAGCCGCGGACGCUUGAGGUCACGAUGAACAACAACCAAGAGCAGGACACAGCGAACUCCGUGGAGGAGGAGCGAGAGACCAUGCGGAAGCAAUCCACUGCCACAUCGCCGUCGUUCCACUCCGCCUCAUGCGUGCUUGAUGGCUCGUUGAUGGAGUCGAACGAGUUGAAGUGCGUCGCGGUGCGCUACUUCCACGGCCGGUUCACUCAAGCCCUCAGUCCCGCGACACUGGUAGCCCCUUCUUCAUUACCGUUCUCUCGACAAUGGUUCUCCAAAUCCGACAAGCCGAAGGACCGGCUGGAUUACGCUGCAUUCCUCCGAUUGUUUCCUGAGUUGCAGGUGCGAGUCGGCACCCCUGCGGCACAAGCAUGCUGGCGACUGUUUCAGCCAGGAGACAUUCACGCAUGUCUGCGUGUGUUGAAGGCCAUUUACACCGACCCGCACGACUUCGUCUUCGACUGGUUCGCCGCUGCCUCGUUGUCGUUUGGGUUCACCAAGCCCAAGGACUCGUUGUCCAAGAAAGAGUACAAGGCCUUGACGGACGUACUCGGUCCGCACACCACUACCGCCGCGGUGUCAAUGGAGUCCAUGUCGCGCGAUGCGUUCAAGCGACAUGUGCCGCGGGCCACAUUAUGUUCCUUGUUGUCCAUCUUCAACAUCUUUCCUUCCCGAGAAUCCGAACAAGCUCAGAUCCACGCUGUUAUCCCCGCUGAAACUCUUAAGCCAAGUGACGCCUAUGCCGACUCGUUCGGGUACAUGGUGUCUAUGACGUGGUGGCUCCAGUGGGUGGCCUACACAACCCCUAUCUCUGUCGACAACCAGCUCGACGCCACUGCCACAACGCAGCGACCCCCGUCCGUGUACAACUUCGACCUGGUGGACCCGACCACAGGUAACUUGAAGCCCCAUCUCGAACGUCACCGUGACUUUGAAGUGGUGACUCGGGCGUCUUGGUUGGCACUUAUGGAGCUGUACGGCGGUGGCCCCGCGCUUCCUCACAGUGUGGGUUCAUCAUACCACCAGCGCAUCAACGUGUACUUGGCAGAGUGCGACGGCCGGCCCAGCCAGCGCCAUCGCCACGUGCACGUCCUCCAUCCAUCUCGGCCGGAUGAGAGCGGCGGCGGCGGUCUGCUGCAGUCCCUUGUCAGUCUCUUUGGCGUGCGCAUUCCAGUCGACAAGCUUCGGCUAUGGCAUCGGUCUAGUGCAUCGAAGGAUGAGGUGGUGGCCGAGUGGGUAUUAUGGGACCGCUCGUCCGUGUUGUUGGCGGAAGUGCUGAUUGAAGUCAUGUACUCGUCGGAAUGGCCUCGAAGUAAGCUCAAGAGCAGCCGCGACUUCCGGCCGUUGAGAAUUGGCGACCCCGUCGACGCUUACGACUGCGAGCGCGUGUGGCGCUCUGGUAUCGUCCAGCGUCUGAGUACCCUCGACACUAACCGCGUGUGCGUCCACUUUACGGGGUUCUCGUCCGUCUAUGACGAGUGGAUCCACGAAGAGUCGGGCAAGCUGCAGCCGCGGAAUAGCCGGUCGUCGUCGGGUCUCGCUGGGGGGCUCAAUCCAGCACUGCCACGUGGCGGCGGCGUCGGACUCCUGAAUCUAGGCAAUACGUGCUACUUGAACUGCGCCGUGCAGUGCUUGGCAGCAACGUCGGCGUGGCGGUCGUACUUUGUCGACAAAGUGUAUGCAAAACACGUGAACCGGCACAAUAAGAUGGGCACUAAGGGCAAAGUGGCGGCGUCGUUUGCGUCGUUACUGAGUAACAUGUGGAAGCCCGGCGCGUCCACCACGUCCAUCACGUCGCCGUCCGAGUUUCGCAAAGUAUUUGGUCGAGUCAAGCCCCAGUUUGACGGGUGCGACCAGCACGAUGGCCACGAGUUCGUGGCAGCGCUGCUGGACGCGCUGCAUGAAGACUUGAACUGUCCGACGACGCCAAAUGGAUCGUCCAACGAAUACAAUAAUGGCCAUCUGGCACGAACGUCCACCACAAGGUCGUCCAACGACGACGAUGGCCAUCUGGCACGUACAGCGUGGCAGCACCACGUCGAACGCAACCAGUCGAUUGUGGUGGACCUGUUCCAUGGCCUCCUUCGCAGCCAGACCACUUGUGGCCAGUGUGGGCACCGACGUGUGCAGUUUGAGCCGACCUUGUUUCUGAGUUUGCCCAUUGCCCAAUUACACAAAUCCACCAUCUUGCGGGUAUGGAUGCACCCGCUGGACCCGGCGGUGCUGCCAUAUGGGAUGGAGAUUCCAUUGCGAAGCUCCGAAGGCAACGCCAAGAUGGUGCUGGACGAGAUCGCCCGCCAGGCAUCGCUUCGCCCGGACCGCCUCCGCCUCAUUCAAGUACAAAACCACCGGUUUGCGAGGCUGAUUGCCGUCGACACCCUCACAUGCGACCUGGAAUCGGCCGUGCUAUGCUGCUUUGAGCGCGGGGUUUCCACGCCGACAACAGCAGUACCGAGUAACCUGUCUAUCGUGGACAUCCAAGUGGUGCAUCGAGUAGCCACGGCGAGUAGCCCACCAUAUACGUUGCUAGGCCUUCCAUUUGUGUUUUCCAUUGACGCUGAUGCGACCUGCCAUCAAGCCCACGUGUACUUGCGGCAAUCACUUCGUCGGUACGUCGAGUUCCCGGACGGAGCGUACACACUGCGCGCAUUGAGUCAGGUGGACGUGACUUUCAAGGAGGGGGGCAUCGUUCCGCCGUCGUCGUCGGAUAGACUACUGUCGGUGUUCAUGCCGCCGCAACUCCUUGUCGUCGACUGGACGAGCGCCGAGUACAUUGAUCGGCACCAAGGCACGCGGUGGAUGCUCACGCGGCCGCCCCAUCCGUCGAUGACGCUGGAACGAUGCCUCCAAAACUUCAUGACCCACGAGGACAUUGUGGAUUGCCACUGGACGUGCGAGUCGUGCCACGCCACCGACGGCAGCCGCCAAAUGGACAUGUGGAAAUCGCCAGAUGUGCUCAUGCUCCACCUCAAGCGGUUCCACUACUCGAUGGUUCAGCACCACAAAGUCCAGGAGCUGGUGACGUUUCCCCUCGAAGGACUGCAGCUGCGGCCGUUCACUGCUCCCGACAACGACCAUGACGAUGACCCGAAUGCCGAUGUGUACGAUUUGUACGCCGUGGCCAACCACACGGGCGGACUGAGUGAGGGCCACUACACGGCCUACUGCCGGUACGACUUGCACACGACGACAGCGAUAGCCAACAACGUCGUGCCGCCCACGCACAUUUGGCUCAACUUUGACGACGAAGUCGUGAGCGAACUCCCUCGUAGUAAAGUUGUGUCCAAUGCGGCGUACGUCCUGUUUUACAGAAAGCGACAGCUCUCGACGACGUCUGUCCUUCGUGUGCUUUAGCGCGUUGUGGUAUUUAUAUUAAUAGUUAGCUACUGUCAGUACAUACUGUAAUUGGUGUGCCGCCGAAGAAACCACAAUAAAUAUCUGAAGGCCCC